AUGAGCACCAAAGCGGCAGUUCUCUUAUCGACUGUAGCCGUGUUUGUAUUACCUGAACAACUCCAGCAGCAACAACAACAACAACAGAAUGGUGAUUUGUUUGGGAGUGUUUUGAAUGGAUCGUCUUCUCGGAUGAAGGUGGGAUCUCCUCAACCUGUUUCAAAUCAAUUAUUUAUGAAUAGUUUUAGCAGCCAACCUUCUACACCUGUUUCCUCUCCGAUUGUUUCAUCAGCAUCUUCAUCAUUUUCUAGGAAUAAUAGCAGCAAGCCUUCAUCUCCAUCAUUGUUGGGAAAGAGCUUUUCAUCACCUGCCUUGAAGAAAACAUCAUUGGAUUUUCAGAGACCAGAAUCAACAUCUGUGAUGAAUUAUCAACAACAUUUAAAAUCGAAUCAGAAGGAGAGUUUCAAUCCGAAAAAGUUUGCAUCUCCACAGGCAGAUUUGGUCUAUACCUUUCCUUCUGUACUAUCACAGGAUAAGAUGGUAAAUUUAAAAUCCAUGCCUCUCUUUUGUUUCUAUUCUCAACAUGAAAACAAGGAGAGUUAUGUUGCAAGAGAUUCAAAGAUAGUAGUUCCACCAACAACAUCACAAUCAUCACUCAUGAAUAAUGUAAAUAGAGAUGAAAUUGUUGUACAAUUAUUUCCAUUUGUUACUACAGACUUUUUCAAGAAUGAAUGUUAUUGUUUUUGUUUGAGAAUUGAUAAUCAAUUGGAAAAAGUGGCAAUAGUAUUUGAGAGUUCUUUGCCAAUUUAUGAUUUAUUGAAAGAGAUGGUUCUUGAAAUGUUUAAUUGUGGAAUUUUUGAUAUUUUUCUGAAUAAGGGUUUUAGAGAAGAACAAAUGAGAAAUCAAAGCACAACACUUAACAAUGGAUCCACAUUCCCAAAUGAUGACAAACUUCCCCUCAAAAAGGCAGCUUUUCAAAGAACAAUAGAUAUGCUACUGAAUAAGGUACCAAUACCUGCACCCUCUAGAAUUAGCUCUGUGAGUUUUAGACCCUUAAAGAAGAAAUAUUCACUUAGAUUCCCAGAUGUGGAGGAGUUACCUUUUUGUAAUAAAAUCAUUCUCGUUAGUGAUAGUGUUGCUCUCAUGACUUACUGUGCAGAAGCUCUUAGAAUUCUAUUAUAUCCUUUCCAAUUUCCACUCAUGUUUGCAUUCAUCCCACAUUUGCCUGUACAACUUUUGGAAACCAUUCUUUCACCCGUGCCAUAUAUUGUGGGUGUUCAUGGAAGUCUCAAGAGAGAACUCUUCUCAGUAAUUGAACAACAAAAUAGAAUGUUUGAGCAAACAGCAAAAAUUAGUAAUGGAGAAACCGAGCAUGAUAAGAGUUUAAUAGUUCUAGAUAUUGAUAAUUCCAUGUUCUUAUAUGGAAAAUCUCCAGAAAGAGAAUUCAAGUUCCCAGAACCAUACAGAUUUCAAUUAAUUGAAAAACUUAAAAUUAUCCAAAAGCCAUCCUUCAAAACAAUGGACUUUUUACAAGGAGCUGCCUACACACAGAAUGAACAAAAUUCCUCUACUGACACCAAAAUUCGGGAAGCCUUUACCUCACUCUAUUGUAAAUUACUCUCACCUUUAAAUAUUCACAUUCUUACUCGUAAAUGGGUAAAGAAAAACAAGAGAAACGAAAAUGAUUAUAUUGACAAUAUCAAGAAAUAUGUUACUGAAGAAGCAGAGGAUAUUGAUAUUCGUCUUAAAGAAUUUCUCAGAAAUUUGUUUAAUAAUCAGAUAUUUUCAGAGCUUCUCAAUCACGGAAUGGAGGAGCAAUACUUUUACCAAGAGCUCUGCUUUUCGAUAUUCGUAAAUAGAGAGAUGGAACAAUUGGUAAAUUACAAAAACCUGAUAUUGCCAAGCGACUAUUCUGGUACCAACACAUUGCUCGACUUUGAUGUUAAUUUAUUUGAAAACUCAAUAGUACCUCAAUCCAAUCCAAAUGAUUCUCUUCUUUUAUGGAUAGAGAACAAAAUAGAUAAUACCCACUCACUAGGUAAUAAUGAAAUUUUAUUGAACUAUGUAAAAUCUAGGCUUGUACUUAUGAGAGCAUUCAUUUAUGAGAGAAAGGAGCAAUACAUAAAAUGCUUAGAAGAUACCCUCGAAUGUAUUACUACCUGUAUGGAUGAAAGGCUCAUAAAGAGGGAAUGGUUUGAAUCGAUCAUUCUCCGAAUCCCAAAGAAGAACCUCUCACAAUAUAUAGCCAAGAUGAAAACUCAAUACAUUCAAACUCCUGAGGACAAUUACAGAUUAAGCUUUUUAGAAAAGAUUAUCAUGGAAAUGCACCAAAGUCAUGUCACUGAUGUGAAAUCAAUAUUUGAACAAUCCAAGACCAUAGAUGUUUCAAUUAAGAGUGGAAGAAGAACAUCCUUCCACGAAUAUUUGGAUGAAGCUGGAGAAACUGAUGCCUUCUCAUUUGAAGAAAAUAAUGAUACCCCUCUUGCUUCUUCUCUUCCUAAUGAAUCAAUUAUUUUACCAGACGAUACUGAAGAUGUUUCUCCAAGCUCACCACCAGAAAAUGAUGAUAUUGAAGGCCUACAAACUCCUCUCACCAAACGUAGAUCAUUAUCGUUCACUGAUGUCACAACCGAUUCACCACUUCAAUCACAAGUGCCAUCCAGUAGGACUGCAAAUAUUAACACCAAGAAUGGUUCUAUUCUUUUAUCGCUGCCCUAUAUUAACUUCUCCAGAAUUGAACAACAACUCAUACCAAAGAAUAUCGAAUCUAUCAACAAGGCAUCAAGUCUAAGAAGGAGAAGUGCAAGCAUAUUUGUAAAGAAAAAGAAGGAUGAGGAGGUUGCUUGUGUUAAUAUUUCAAAGGAAAUGUUCUCAAUGAUUACAUUCGAGAGUGGAAUGUUCUUCUCCAAACAAGAUGGAGACAGAGUGUAUCAACAACUCGUUGAAAUUCAACAAGACAAGUUGAACAUUCCAGAUACAUUGCUCAACCCAGAAACACUCAAAAAAUUCCUUUCAUGGUUCAGAACUAUUAAUCAAUUCAACCAAUAUUCCACUUUCAGACUGAGAAAAAUCGAGUCUUUCUCUGAAGUUCCAUCAUCCUUAUUGGCAGAUCAAGAAUCUCACAAACAUGUCGUUCUUACCCAAAGCACUUUUUGUAAAGCCUCAUUUUUCUUUUCCAAAAUUUCAUCAUUGGACGAUAGUGUGAGAAGUGAUUCACUCAUUCAAGUGGACGAAAAUACCAAAACUGGAAGAAUUUGCUUCUGCAAUGAUGGUUCAAUUUAUUUUGGUAUUUCUAGAUUGGAGCUUGUCCUUUCGGACAUGUCACAAAUUUUAAAGAUUGAUCACUAUCCUCCACAAAACAUGUUGAAACAACAACCAGAUCUUUUACAUUUAACCAUAGAAGGUAUUGUAAAGAUAGUCAUCAAGAUGGACCAAGACAACUGUAGAGUUGUAGAAUUCAAAUUCCCAACAACAAUACAAAGUUUGAAAUGGUAUAGUCACUUUUUAAGUUUGAUGAAUUUCAGUACCUCAAUGACAAUGAACCUUAUUAUGAGCAAAAAACAAAAUGUGCAAUCAGUCCCCACAAAUCCAACAACAGUCUCAAUAUUUAGAAAUAUUACAAUUGAUCAUGUUCUUUACAUGAUGAAUAGCGCCUACCAAUAA